AUUCAUCACAUAAAUGGAACGAAAAUGAGCGUGGCGCGUCUCGCCGAUGUCCUGUCUCAGCAAGCGGGGAGCAGCAGCUGGGUGGUGGUGUUCAAAGCUCUGGUGACGGUGCACCACCUGAUGGUGCACGGGAACGAGCGUUUUCUCCAGCAUCUUUCAUCUAGAAACUCUUUGUUCACUUUACACAACUUCUUGGAUAAAAGUGUCAUAGAAGGCUAUUCUAUGUCGACUUUCAUCAGGCGCUAUAGCAGGUACUUGAACGAAAAGUCACUGGCUUACAGAAUGCUUGCAUCUGACAUCACCAAAACCAAGAGAGGACUGGAUGGAAUGAUGAGAACUCUGAGCACAAAAGAGCUGCUGAAGAUACUCCCAGUCAUUCAGACUCAGUUUGACGCACUUCUCAACUUUAAUGCAAACGCGGAUGAGCUGAAUAACAGGAUAAUAGAAGCUGCUUUCAUGCUCCUCUUUAAGGAUUCUCUUCGUCUCUUUGCGGCCUACAAUGAGGGGAUCUUAAAUCUGUUAGGCAAGUAUUUUAACAUGAGGAAGACUCAGUGCAGGGAAAGCUUGGAUAUUUACAUCAAGUUCCUGGGGAGGACUACGAAGCUCGCACAGUUCCUGAAAGUUGCAGAGCAAGUUGGAGUUGACCAGAAUGACAUUCCAUAUCUUAAUCAGGCACCCCACAGUUUACUGGAAGCACUCCAGCAGCAUUUAGCUUCUUUGGAAGAAAGAAAUGACAUUGUUCCUCCUCACAGUCUCCAGCGCGCUUUGAUGUCCUCCAUCACGAAGUUUCCUCUUCUGAAAGCUUCACCAAGAGAAGCUUGGGUUCCAGGUAAUAGAACUGCUGCAUGACUGUGUCCAUAAGGAUGGGAAACAGAAACAGAGCAGAGUCUCGGUCUUCCACUGCCCAACCACCUGCUGUCGGCUGCAGUCUUUGACCUAGAAGGUUCAUUUAGCAGAG